AAAUUUGAAAGUGGGGCGUGGCAGGUGUGCACUUUCAGUUUGUACACUCGGCAUAAACAGACAACAGAAGUAGAAGCACCGAACUGAAAGAGGUUAUGGCAAUCGCCAGCCAUCGCCACCAAAUAGCCACCAUCACUCGGCGCUUGUGUUGCUCCUACUCCUCCACCUCCUCCGCCGCUAAACCCCCUCUCCUCUACACCACAGACACACCCGACACCGAAACCACAACCAUCCAGCUCCUCUCAUGGGGCAAGGGCGCCUCAGGUCAACUCGGCGGCGGCGUCGAAGAAGUUCGCCUCUACCCUUCUCCGGUGGCCAACCUGGUCAUCCCCAAGUCCUCGUUCGCCCUCUCCCGAACCCCAGGGAGGCUCCACCAUGAGAGUACCAACAAGGAGGUGGUGGAAUUGGGCAUCUCGUGUGGGCUUUUCCACUCUUCCCUGGUCGUCGAUGGUGCCCUUUGGGUUUGGGGCAAAGGCGACGGCGGAAGAUUGGGAUUGGGCCAUGAGCAUCCAUUGUUCGUUCCUACCUUGAACCCUCACCUGGACGACGUUCGCUCUGUUGCCCUCGGUGGCCUCCAUUCCGUUGCGCUUGUUUCCCCCGGCGAGGUUUUCACUUGGGGUUAUGGUGGUUUCGGCGCGCUUGGACACGCUGUAUAUCAUAGAGAGCUGUUGCCUAGGUUGGUAGAAGGCUGCUGGGAGGGAACUAUAAAACACAUUGCUACAAGUGGAACACAUACUGCUGCACUCACAGAGUUUCUGUUGGAUGUAGGCGAGCUCUAUAUCUGGGGUCGAGAUGAAGGAGAUGGUCGAUUGGGCCUUGGUCCGGGUCGAGGCCCAGAUCAUGCAGGUGGACUUAGUAUCCCUUGCAAAGUAAAAGAAUUACCUUGUCCUAUUGCUGCUGUUUCCUGUGGGGGAUUUUUCACAAUGGCAUUAACAGAGGAUGGACAACUGUGGAACUGGGGAGCAAAUUCUAACUAUGAACUUGGGAGAGGUGAUAAGAUAGGUGGUUGGAAACCAAGACCAGUACCCAGCCUUGAGAAUGUUCGAAUAAUUCAAAUAGCAAGUGGAGGAUAUCACUCCCUUGCAUUAACCGAUAAUGGAAAAGUGCUUUCAUGGGGCCACGGUGGACAAGGUCAGUUGGGUCAUGGAUCUAUCCAGAAUCAGAAGAUACCAAUGGUGAUCGAGGCUUUAGCUACUGAGCAUAUUAUAUAUAUUUCUUGCGGGGGCUCCUUUUCAGCAGCUGUGACAGAUAAAGGAAAGUUGUACAUGUGGGGAAAUGCCAGUGAUUCUCAAUUAGGAGUUCCUGGGCUACCAGCGAUACAAUCAUCCCCUAUUGAAGUCAACUUUUUAAUGGAAGAUGAUGGAUUGGGACCUCACAAGGUUUUAUCAGUUGCAACUGGUGCGUCACAUGCCAUGUGUUUAGCUUUGAGGGAAAGUUGUUGAUUAUUUCAGAUGACAUGGAGUUUUGUUCCUUGACAUCACUUGGAUAUUUGAUGUUGAACAAGAUGAUUGUUUCAAUGGAUUCAGAUAUCAUUAUCAGUGCUGCUGGCAGUUUCUUUCUUCUCCUGAGUCUGAAGUCUGAACUUUUGAAGCAUUGAAAAGGUUUAUGAUAGCAUCAUCUUUCCCCACACAUUGUGCUCAAUUGCCAACGUUCUAGUUUGAAGAUUAUUGUCAUCAGGAAACUAUCUCAGCUCAAUUUGGUUGACAAUUUAAUAUUUUUAGGAUUUGACUUAAAGUGAGAGAAUCACUCUGGAAGAUAAAGUAAGUCAUCACAAGUUCACAGCCAUUAAUUGUCAUUCAACUUGUCUUCAAA